AUGAACAUUUCAUAGUAAUAUGAGGAAUAAUAAAAUUCAGAGAGAAUUGAUACUCAAUUUCGAAAACAGGAUCAGAAUCUUUUCAGAAGACAAUUUUCUCAAUAUUAAUUCAAUAAUACUUGGAAACUUAAUGGACUCAACAUCAUUUUAAUAGUUCUAAAAUUUAUAUAAGCGAUAACGAAAUAAACAUUUACUACUUCCUUUAAGUUGCUCAAUCGACAAUUUUUCAAAUUGCUUAAGGAUAAAACCUCAGAUUACAACUAUUAUCUGCAUAGAGGCUAUUUUACACAAGCCAAAGCGUAAUCCUUUAUGAUUAAAUUUGAUCAAAGGGUGAACUUCUUCCAAUAUUACAGAAGAAAUUACAUAAAGAGAUUCAUGCAGUUUAUAUUAUUGGAACCUGAUGACACAAUAAUUAUAAUUUGGAAUAUUUAUUUAUUGUGUAUUGUUACAAUCAAUGUGUUUUAUGUUUCACUACGAUUAUCUUUUGUGGAAAUUGUGAAAAUGGAUUGGGUAUUGAAAGAUUUCAUAUUUGAAUAACUACCUAGUUAUUCAUUUUUAUUAGAAAUUAUAAUUAAAUUUAAUACCUGUAUUUAUAGUAAAGGAGUACUGAUUAAAAAUAGAAAGAGAUUAAUAAAGCGAUAUCUAAAGAGAGAAUUUCUAAUUGAUAUGGUUUUAAUCAUACCAUUCUUUAUUGGAAGAUAAUUUGAUUUUAUAUACUUAGAUCUUGUUAUUAUCUUGAAAGUGUUCCAGAUAUCCAAAUUAACUAAUUCUUUAUUUAAUCGUUUGGAAUUGACAUAACAACAAACUACAGUUUUUGAAUUGGUUAAACUAAUUUUUUUUAUACUAUUGUGUGCUCAUUUCUCAGCUUGUAUUUGGCAUAAACUAGGAGUUUGGGGAGAUUGGGGAGAUAAAAACACACUAACUUGGUUGAUAAAAGAAUAAUUAUACAAUUCAAUGUGGAUUGAUAGAUAUGUAGUUUCAUUUUAUUGGAGUAUUGUUACUAUGACAACUAUUGGUUAUGGUGAUAUCACUCCUGUAAAUUUAACCGAAAGAUUAUUUUGCAUAGGAAUGACAUUGAUAUCGACAGCAACCUUUGCUUAUUCAGUCAAUAGUAUUGGAUAAAUAUUUUAGGACAUGUCUAAAUAAUCUGUUUAAUUUAAAACAAAUAUGAAUAGUUUAAAUAGAUACUUAAAAAAUUAAAAAGUAUCAACUACAUUGCAAAUCAAGUUUAGAAGAUAUUUUGAAUAUUUUUGGAGUAAACCUUCUCAAGAAGUAAUUCAGUUUUAGGAUUAAAUUCCUUAAUAGUUAAAGGAUCUAAUGAUUGUAGAUAUAAAUAUUAAAUUGCUAAAAUAAUUGGAUUUAUUUAAGUAAUUUACUAAUUCAUUAUUAAAUAUACUUUGUUUAUAAUUCAAAGAAUAGUAAUUGUAACCAGAUGAAUAUUUAUUUAAAUCAAAUUAGAGGGCUGAUAAAUUAUAUAUAUUAGUAAGUGGAUAAAUCGAUUUGCAUGUGAUCAUCAAUAAAAAAAAAAGAAUAAUUGAAAAAAUAAAGACUCAAUGUCUAGUUGGUUAACUCAAUUUUCUUCUCAAUACUGAAUAUAAUUAUGAAGCUAUUGCUACAAAAAACACAAAAUUAUUGGCGAUUGAUCGAUAAACUUUGAUUGAAAACAUUAAAUAGAGUGAUAUUGACUAUUAAAUCUAUAAGAACUUUGAGGAAGACAUUAGAUUGCAAAAAUAAUUUGGAAGAAUCUCAAUAAAAUGCUCUAUUUGUCAUAAGUCAAAUCAUUUUGUACUUGAUUGUCCUCUCCUCAUAGGAGGUAUAAACAGAACAAAAGUAUUGUAUCAAUUGAGACACAACGUACCUCAAGAUAGAAUUUUGAAAGUAAGAAAUAAUGAGGACAGAAGAAUAUCAACAAAGAAGCAUCAUUUUCUUGUCAUGGAAAGUGUAAUAUAAUACAUAAUGAAGAAUGAUGAAAUUUGCAAUCUAGAGGGAAUUAAAGAAUCAGCAAUCAAACAACAAUAAUAAUAUGAAGAGAAGAUCUCAUAUAAUUUAUCUAACUAAUUCACAAAGCCAACAUCUCAAUUACCAAAUGUUCCAACUUCAAUUAAUUGUAUAUCUCAUUAAUCUCUUCGUAAUACUCAAUAAAUCUAAAACUAAAGGUCUUUAAAGGAUAAUUAAAUUCAAGAAGUGCCUAUAGAAAAAGAUAUUCAAUUUGGAACUUUAAGUAAAUCUUAGGAUAUUCGAUUGCUAACAGACUUGAAUAAUUUAACAAUAUAACCUAUUUUGGAAGAACCAUAAACUAAGGAAGAAAGAUCUGAUGAGAAUAAGUUUUCCAUUAACCUUAGUGAAUAAUUGCCAUAAGUGGAAAUUUAAUAAACGUCUAUUGUCCCUUCAGCUGACACUGAUACAAAGCAACCACAAUAAAGAAUGAUGAAAAAAAGACAUUCCAUUAGAUAGAAAUUCGAGAGAAAAUAAACAGAAUAAUAUGAGAACAAAUCAAACAGAUAAAAAUAAUUUAAAAGGUUAUUUACCGAAAGACAAAAUAGUUAAGAGGGAUUGCCUCAGUUAUCUGGAUUUAAUAAUUAAUUAAUUGUAUCCCAACAAUAAAAGAUGAACAAAUUAUAACAACCGACCAUUAUGAGAAAACAAAGCAUUUAGGAUUACAUAAUUUAAAAAGAAAAAGCAUAAGAACCUCUAAAGCAUAAGUAAAAUAAAUAAGAUGAUUCACCUUUUGAAUUGGAAUAUUCUAAUAGUCAACGCUCUAUUAAAAAUAGCAAUGUUAGACCUAACAUUGAAAUUUUUAAAGUGGAUGAUGAUAGUGAUUAAUCUUAAGAUAAAGAUAAGAAAUAAAUAACUAACAAGAUAUAUACCAAGGUUAUUAAUGAUGAUGAAAAUUCUGAAGAUGAAAAGGAUUUAACCAAUUAGUUUUUAGAAGAACAAAUAUUGAAAAAUAGAUAAAGAUUUACUGAUAAAUAGAUUGCAUCUCAAGAACCUCAGCAAAAUUAACUUUGGCAUUUCCCCUAAUAGGAAUUUAAACCUUUGGAGCAAAGUAUGAUGAUCUAAUAUGAGAAAAUUAAAUAGAAAGAAGAACUGCUACACUAAUAGAAGGAGAAGCAAUAAACAGUAAUUAAUAAUAAGGAAAGCAAAGAAAGCAAAGACAUCAAUAAUCAAGCAAGUAUAUAACGGGGAUUAACUAUUAAAGUGACCUCAGAUGAUUCCUCAGAUGAGGACAUCAAUGGAUAAAAACUAAUUAGAGGGUAAUAUCUAGAAAUUUUUAAAGAUUUUGAAGUAGUUAAAGAAUUUAAGUGCUAUUAUCCACAUAAUAAUAUUAAUCAAAUUAUAUUUUUGUUAUAUAAAAAUGAUUUUAAUUCAUAGCAUCAUUUUUUGAGAAAGAGAAAAAUCAAAAAGUAAGAUACAAUAAUGAAUCUCCUAAAAUAAACGUAGAAUCUUAUACGUAAAAAUUAAUAAUGA